UUUCUAUUUCUUCCUCGACUCUACAGGCUAUGCUCUCGGCUGUUGCGUCUGCUGUCUCUCCGCUGCGGCUCUGCCGACUGGCCUCGACGGCUGCUACGCCGUUUGCCUCGUCGCGGGUCACGGCUGUGCUGGGUGCCCAGUGGGGCGACGAGGGCAAGGGCAAGCUGGCGGAUGUGCUGGCGGAGGACUACGAUGUGGUGGGCCGGUUCAAUGGUGGGGCCAACGCCGGACACACGGUCAUUGCCGAUGGGGUCAAGUACGCGUUCCAUCUGCUGCCGUGCGGACUGGUCUACCCGCACACGCUCAACAUCCUGGGCAACGGAACAGUCAUUCACCUGCCGUCAAUGUUUGACGAGCUGGCGCAGCUUGAUGGGACGUCGGUUAGCUGGGAGGGCCGCCUCAAGCUCUCGAACCGGGCGCACCUGCUCUUCGACUACCACCAGAUCAUCGAUGGGGUGCUGGAGGAGCGGCGGGGAGCCGGCAAGUCGCUCGGCACGACCAAGAAGGGCAUCGGUCCAGCGUACGCAUCCAAGGCGCUGCGUCUCGGCAUCCGGGUCGGCGACCUGGUCGACUUUGACGACUUUGCCGCCAAGUUCCGGUCGGCGGUCGACUCGCACCAGAAGAUGUACGGGUUUGACUACGGCAUCGACGACGAGCUUGAGCGCUACCGCGCGUUUGCGGACAUCCUCACCAACGGCGACAUGAUUGUCGACUCGGUGGCGUACGUCAACCAGGCGUACAACGAUGGCAAGCGCAUCAUCCUGGAGGGCGCCAACGCUGCGCUUCUCGACCUCGACUACGGCACAUACCCGUUUGUCACCUCGUCGCCGACCACGGUGGGCGGCGUGUGCACUGGCCUCGGUCUCGCCCCGGGUAAGAUCGAGUGCACCGUCGGCGUCGUCAAGGCGUACACGACUCGCGUCGGGUGGGGCCCGUUCCCGACCGAGCUCACCGACGUCAACGCCGGCGGCGAGCGCGCUGAAGGCGCACCUGGCGCCGAUAUCGGCGCCCAUCUUCAGUCUGUCGGCGGUGAGAUUGGAGUGACUACCGGCCGGAAGCGCCGGUGCGGCUGGCUCGACAUCCCGCUGCUGCAGUACUCGAACAUGGUCAACGGCUACUCGGCGGUCAACGUGACCAAGCUCGACGUUCUCGACGACCUGGAGACCAUCAAGAUCGGUGUUGCCUACCGCGACUCGACCACCGGCGAGACCCUGGCCCCGGGCCACAUGCCGUCGACCAUCGCCGAGCUCGCACGCGUCGAGGUCGUGUACGAGGAGGUGCCCGGCUGGCAGUCAUCGACCCAGGGCAUCACCGAGUGGGCUGAGCUCCCUCCCAACGCCCAGGCUUACAUCCAGCGCAUGGAGGAUCUGCUCGAGGUGCCCAUGACCUGGAUCGGUACUGGCCCCGGUCGCGACGAGAUGGUCAUCAAGCCGCACGCCUAG